AUGACCACACCCAGCAAAAGCCUGACAGGCAAGGUUGCAGUAGUCAGUGGAUCCUCAGCUGGAUUGGGAGCAGCCAUUGUUCAUGAACUGGCUCAGCGCGGAGCAUCUGUUGCUAUCAACUACCCUUAUCCAAGCGAGAAGACAAAUGCCGAAAAUGUCGCCAAACGACUUGGCCGGGAUACCAAAGCCAUCAUAGUCGAGGCAGAUAUGUCAACCAUGGAGGGGCCACGUAUCUUAGCCGAUAAAACAGCAGAAGCGUUCGGGAAAAUCGACAUACUGAUAAACUGUGCUGGUAUUAAUCGACCGAUGAGCUUAGAUCAUCCUGACGAGGCGAGCAUCGAAGCAUCCUGGCACGAGGUUGUGCAUACGAAUGGGAGAGGAACCUUUUUAUUGACGAGGGCUGCUCUAAAACACCUUUCUUAUGGCGAGUCCCGUAUCAUCAAUAUUGGAAGCGGUGUGUCGAGAGCGCCAGGAUCCGAUAGCAGCAUUUACGCCGGUUCAAAAGGUAUGACGGAAAGUUAUACUCAAUGCUGGGCUGUAGAACUACCCAGGAAAUAUGGAUGCACUGUAAACGGUGUCGCUCCAGGUAUUGUUGGAACGGACGCCUUUUAUGCUGCGCCACAGUCCUUGAGAGACUUUUUGCAGCCAAUUAUUGAUGCAACACCGGUCGCUCCGCGCAUAGCUACACCUGCUGAAGUCGCGUGGACGGUGGCAAUGCUUUGCGAGAAGGAGGCAGCUUGGCUGAAUGGUCUUUAUAUUCCUGUUGCUGGUGGAGCUUUGAUUUUUUAG